AUGACAGGGGAGCUGAUGUCAGUCAUCCAGGGGCCUCAGGAAUCUCUGAGGGAAUACAUAUCCAGAUUCAAUAUGGAGGCGUCGAAUAUACCCAAGUUGCAGCAAGAGGUAGCAGUCCUGGCCAUGAUGACUGGUCUGCGGGAUGGAGAGUUCAAGAGUUAUCUGGGCAGAAAAUCAUUCACAACCCUGGCAGAGGUACUGGGAAAGGCAAAUAAAUUUAUAAAGAGUGAAGAAAUUGGCAGAGCAACCUCACGUCGAUAUGUGGCAAGUGAGAACAAUUACGGUAGUCAGAGCAAGAAAGAGCCAUACAAAAAAGAAUACCCAGACAGAAGAGAAAACCCACAGCCAAGAAGAGACUGGCAGGGACCAGGCAGAGGCAAAGGUAACGAAUUCAAAACUGAAAAAAGGGGGAAGUUUAGUGAGUAUACCCCCUUAGUGGCAUCCAGAACUCAAAUUUUUGCCAUCAGCAAAGAAGACGAGAAGUGGCAGAGACCUCCCAAAAUGUACGACAAGUACAGGGACCCAAAAAAGUACUGUGACUUUCACAGAGAUCAUGGCCACCUCACAGAAGAAUGCACUCAUUUGAAGGAUAAUAUCGAAGAUCUGAUCCGGAGGGGAUACUUGACUCAAUUCAAAGCAAAAAGCUCGUAUAGCAGGACCUAUGAGAACAGAGAUAAUGAUAAUAGGUCCGACAAUAAGAAGGCGGAACCCAAGCAAAGCUAUCCAGCAGACCAAAAGAGAAUGGGCGACAUUUUGGUCAUAACAGGAGGGCCGGUUUACGCAGGAACCACUGUUAGCGGGGCCAAGGCCAGUGUGAGCGAAUUCAAACACCAGGUUAAUUACCAUAAUUCUGGCAAGUGGCCCGCCCCUCCAAAAAUCCCGCAGUGCACUUUCACAGAGGAGGACUACGGAGGUAGCUCUGCGAACAUCUUGUUCUGGCCUGCUUUCCAAGAGUUGCAAAUUGAUGAGAAAUACGUAAAGCCAGUCAAUUACCCAGUAAUCGGAUUCACAGGAGCCACAGUGAUACCAGAAGGGAUAGUCAGUUUGCCAGUGCAGAUUGGCCAAGGGAAGGAUAUCAAGGACAUCAUGGUAGACUUCAUGAUUGUGAAAUUCCCCGCAGCCUACAACGUCAUUCUUGGCAGACCAUUCAUCCAUGACGCAGGGACUGUAGUCUCCACUUAUCACCUCACCAUGAUGUAUACGACAAAUGAUGGCCGCUCAGCCAAGGUCAAAGGCAGUCAGGAGCAGGCUAAGAAGUGCUACCACACUGCGCUAAAACAACCACCCAGACCCCACCACUGGCAGAAGAAGAACUUCCCCAAUCUCGAAAAAGAAAGAGAGCAGAGCGCAAAAAAGACAAGUUGUUAA